UCUGGAUUGGUCCCUCAAUCACAAGUGGAUCCUCAUGAAUUUCUGUAUUGGAACUUUUCAAUCUUCAACAUUUCAUCACCUACCUACCUUACCUAGGUAGUAUUCAGAACCACUACCCGGCCAUGACAACAAGGCGAUAAAUCAAAGCAUUCAAUUGGCUAAAGGGAGCACAUAAUCCAUGAUUGUGCUAAUUGGCACACGAAACUCUCCUCCAAGAUGCCACCCUUACCAGCUCUCAGGCUACGAGCCACCUCGAUAUUACCCUCGUCGACCACAUCCAUAUCCACCCCCAUAUCCCGCGCCCUCUUCUCCAGCACCGCCACCCGACCCUCCGGCCGAGUGCCCCCCGAAUCACCCCUCUUCAUCAACGUGCCGAACCCGCCGCAGGACCAAUCGAUCGAGGCCCUGCGCGAGCUCCCGCCCAUCAAGGGCCACCUUCCCGUGCCGCGGCAGGUGUUCAAGAAGAAGGAUGGCCACCUGAAGCCGCAGGACGAGUGGUUCGCCAAGUCCGCUCCCCCACCCACCUCCGAGAAGCAGCAGCGCGAGCCGCGGUCCGAGAUCCAGGCCUGGAAGCGGCGCGUCGCCUCGUCGCGGCGAGAGAACAUGCGCCAGGGCGUGCGCGCCCUCUACGCCCGCAAGCAGAACUUCGACACCCGCCGCCACGAGCAGCAGGUGUCCAAGCUAUCCGCCAACUUGGCCGCCGCCAAGGCCCCCGAGCGCGAGGACGAGCGCCUGACCCGCGCCACCGUCAACGCCGGCACGCUCAGCACGACCGUGAUCCUAGACCCGGAGCGGUUCGAGCGAGCUCUCGCCUCUCGCGAAACCACGCAGAACCUCGCGAAGCAGAAGAGCGAGCGGCGGCGCGACGCCAUCCAGGAGCUGUACAUGAAGGCGCGCUCCUUCAUCGUGACGGAGCAGGACCUCGAGGAGAAGGUGAACGAGCUGUUCGCGCCCGACUACUGGAGCAAGAAGGGCAUAUCCACCUCCGGCUUCGAGAUCCACAACAUCUGGGACGUGGCCGGCAAGCAGCCCACCGUCGACAGCAUGCUCGCCGACGUCUCCCGCACCUCCAACUCCGUCAUCAAGGACAUGGAGCGCGACAGCACCAAGACCGUGAAGCGCCAGAAGGAGAUCGCCGAGGAGCUGACGGGCGCUAAGCUGGACGACGUAGAAUCCAAGGAGAAGGAGAGGGAGAGGCAGUGGGGCACGGUGAGAUGAAAUGAAACUAAAGUGCUGCUUGGAGACAAAGAAAGGAUGGGAAACAAAUGAACGCUGUCUGUCUGCCGAUACUUCUCCCUCUCUAACUGCCUAAACCAGCACAUUCAAUUCGAGGGAAACUAGGCGCAGCGAUAACUACCUACUGGGUACUGUUGUAAAUUCACUCCACAGCUCACAAAAUGUACCAAUAUCGUACACAUGUAUAAAUCAUCGAUCAUCUACCUUUGUUUAUAUUCUGAAAAAUGGUUGAUAUCGACAUUAAUAAACGUGCCUGACUGAACCUUGUAACGCCCAUCCCAAAAUGUCCCAUAUUCUUCUUCAGAUAUUCCGGCUCAGAGUAGUGAUUUGAGCUUUAUGCAGACAACAAGAAAUCUGAUUUAAAAAUGCAAUAAUGCGUGAGACACCAGUUCGGCCA